AUGGGAAGAGUUCCCUAUGCUAGCGCCGUAGGAAGCCUAAUGUAUGCUAUGGUGGGCUCUAGACCUGACCUAGGUUUUGCAGUAGGCUACGUCUGUCGCUUCAUGAGCAAACCAGGAAGGGAACACUGGAAAGCAGUCCAGUGGGUCCUAAGGUACCUAAAGAGAGCUAUGGAUUCCAGUCUAACAUUCAAGAAGCAUUCGACUUUACUAGUACAAGGCUUUUCAGAUUCAGACUACGCUAAAGACAUGGACAGACGACUCUCAGUUACAGAUUAUGCAUUCAAGUUCGGAAGCAAUACAGUUUCAUGGAAAUCAUGCCAACAAUCAGUUGUGGCACUAUCUACUACAGAAGCCGAGUACAUGGCUAUGAAUGAGGCAGUUAAAGAAGCAAUGUGGUUAAACGAAAUAUGCGCAGAGUUAGGGUUCAAGCAACAAGGUAUCAGACUCUAUUGUGAUUCUCAAAGUGUUCUAGCCCUAGCAAGAAAUCCAGCCAAUCACGAGAAGACUAAGCAUAUAGCCACUAAAUUCAAUUUCAUUCGAGACCUAGGGGAAGCAGGGGAUAUUCUCCUAAACAAGAUUCACACUAAUCUGAACCCUGCGGAUUUUCUAACUAAAACAGUACCUGGUCAGAAGUUCCAGCUUUGCUGCGAGCUUUUGAACGUUCACUGA